AUGCCAGCCUAUAAACGCACCUUGUAAGUGUAAAUCAAAUAAGAUUAGAAAUAAGGAAUGGGUCUAAUAGAUCAUCAAUGGACAGACACGUUCCCAGUGUGGAAAUUUAGAGGUGGUUUAACAACAAUAUAUGUUAAGAGUUAUAUUAUAUGUGCAUUUUUACAGAUCAAGUCUAUACAGAGAGUACUGAGAUCUUACCAAACAAGAAUGAAGGUGAGCAAAUCAAGUAAACCUAUUGGAUUAUAUAUAAACAAUUUUUAGAAAAUCAAUAUGAAAUCCUGCUGUCAGCAAUAUAGCCAUUCUUUAUGGUUGUAAAAGAUAUCAAAUCAUAAAAUUAAUCUGAAUAUCCUCUUGUAGUUAACUCCAUCAUUCGUUUAGGAAGAGUGUACUAAUUAUACACUAUUAAUUUAAAGUGA